CUCUGAUUGGUUGUUUCUCUUUCUCUAGCUCUAUGGCGCACUGUGUACAGUAGGAAGCCACGUUGACAAAAUAAAGCGGUGAUUUCAUUCAGCGAACUUAAUACUCGAGCUUUCAUAAGAAAAGAGUUUGCUGUUAAAAGCUGAGAGGUGUAAAGGUCUGCCAGAGUAAACAGGAUGAGUGUAGGCUUCAUUGGAGCGGGUCAGCUGGCCCAAGCCUUGGUGAAGGGCUUCACUGCAGCGGGUGUAAUUGCAGCACACCGGAUCACGGCCAGUUCUCCAGAUACAGAUCUGCCAACAGUGGCUGGGCUCAGGAAAAUGGGCGUGAACUUCACAACCAGCAACAAGGAAACGACGCAUAAGAGCGACGUCCUCUUUUUGGCUGUCAAGCCUCAUAUUAUUCCUUUCGUCCUGGAUGAAAUCGGACCUGAUAUUGAAGACAGGCAUCUCAUCGUGUCCUGUGCCGCCGGGGUCACCAUUAGCUCCAUUGAGAAGAAACUGCUCCAGUACCGUGCUGACCCUAAGGUGAUCCGCUGCAUGACUAACACCCCAGUGGUGGUGCGUGAGGGGGCCACGGUAUACGCCACCGGCACGCACGCUGAGGUGGAGGACGGGAAGCUUCUGGAGCAACUCAUGGCCAGUGUGGGAUUCUGCACGGAGGUAGAGGAGGAUCUGAUCGACGCCGUUACAGGACUCAGCGGCAGUGGGCCAGCUUACGCUUUCACGGCUCUCGAUGCUCUGGCUGAUGGUGGUGUGAAGAUGGGUCUGCCCAGGAGGCUGGCUGUGAGGCUUGGAGCGCAGGCACUGCUUGGAGCAGCUAAAAUGCUCCUGGAUUCAGAGCAGCACCCAGGCCAGUUGAAGGACAAUGUGUGCUCACCAGGGGGCGCCACCAUCCACGCCCUUCACGUCAUGGAGAGCGGUGGCUUCCGGAGCCUUCUCAUCAAUGCUGUGGAGGCUUCGUGUAUCAGGACCAAGGAACUGCAGUUUCUUGCUGAUCAGGAGCAAAUCUCUCCUGCUGCUAUUAAGAAGACCACGCUGGACAAGGUGUUGCAGCAGCCUGGUGUCUCUGCGAACAGAGUGGGAACCAAGAGCAGAGUCAACUUAUUCAACAAAACCGGAAUUAAGAAAGCUUAAGGAAUGUUACACACACACUCACACACACACACACACACACACACCCCUCUUACUUUAUUCACUCCUUUGGGCGCAGAUGUUAAUCCAACUAUUCUGAUGAAUUUUGAACAGAGUAGUUUGGUAUAAAUGUACACACACGCGCACACACACACACACUUGUACGGACUUGGACUGAAACGAACAGAAGUGCAUUUCCAGCAUGCUGUCUAUCGCCUUGUGCCUCCUUGCAGCAGCAGACAGCUUGUUCGCUCCCUUGGGAGUAGCAUCAGGAGUUACAGGCAGCAGAUGCUACAUGACGUUAUCAUUUUUUUUUUUCUUAAGUACCUUUCUGUCCUUUAAAAAAAUCGACAGUGAUAUCAAAUUUUGUUUUGUCAUCUACAUAUUUGUAAUAUUUGAAUUUUGAAGUAUCCACAUCUAAUAUUUGGGCCCAAAAUCAUUGUAUGUAUGUUUGUUCUUGUCUUAGUGCUCUACUUUAGCACAUAAUAAUUUAUAUAUAUAUAUAUAUAUAUAUAUAUAUAUAUAUAUAUAUAUAUAUAUAUAUAUAUAUAUAUAUAUAUAUAUAUAUAUAUAUAUAUAUAUAUAUAUAUAUAUAUAUAAUAUUUUAUUUGUGCUGCAUGGUGAAUCACUGGAGUGACUCACUACGCCUACCCUUCAGGGCUCUAGAGUCGCAAAGAUCUUUUGAAUUUCUUCAUCUGUAGAAGGAAGUGAAGGUGCAAAAGUCAUGUGUGGUCUUUCUUUUUGUGUGCAACAUCUUGUCUGCUCCCUCGUCUUUGUUAAAACCCUUUAUAAAGCUAUGAGGCAAAGUAUAAAAAAAAAUAAUAAAAAAAAGCACAUUCAGUACAGUUGGACACAUACUUGAUGUGAAUUGUAUGAUUUAACUUGUUUUAUAAUUUGUGAAGUUACUUUUGGAAAUAUAAGAAGAAACCUGGUCAUGAGGAGUUUCAGUAUGUUGUAAUGAAUGAAACUGUUUCGGCUUCCUGUAGACUUGAAUUGAAAGGUGCUGAUUCUAAUAAAGAACCCCUUUUUAUUUGGA